GCUCUUGUCCUGCUCCCGCUCGUCCUAUCUCAGCUCUUUCUCAACCUGAGCCCCUUCAAACACACGCACCCCUUUCACGCGGCAAGCCACAAACAAUAAGAGCAAGCGGAGAAGCCAACACCGGGAAAUUGAGGAUAGCUGACACCCUGGAUUCCCCAAGCUCUGCCUAAUGUUUGGCCGUGGGUCUCUCAUCUAUUUCCAGGAAUGAAAUACUUUUAUCUGCUGACAAGAACGGUGUGGUGACUGCCAGUUAUCGCAGAACUUGGGAGGCAAAGAAUCUCCCUUUUGCUCAACUCAUUGCUCAACUUUGUGGCCCAAUUAUACAUAGAGAACAAUACAUGAGAGGUUAUAUAUGUCUUCUGAAUGUGUAGAACACUGACAUUGUCCAUGAAGAAGAAACAGUGAUGAGUAGAAGAUAACAUUUUUGUGGCAUCUCUACAGCUCAACCCUCAGCAUUCUCUAGUGACAUUGAACAGCUGUUUCCUGAUUGUACAUGUCACUGUCUUCUGAUCCUAAACCAAACCACUGCCUGUUUCUUGGUCUUGUGUGCAGAUACUGAAUUUCUAUUCAGUUCUAUAUAAUUCCAGGAGACACAAGACAAUGGAGAAAUGUACAGAAUCCCCACCUACCUUAAAGGCAGGGCCUUCCUUUUUGAGAAGAGACAAUCUGAUUCUGCAGCCACAAAUGCAGCAUCCAACUGAUGAUAACCCCACUUUAAGAGGGCAAGUUGUACCUGUCCCAGAUACUCCAGUGAUGUCUCUACCCUACUCAGGUGACCAUCUCCCUCAAUUUCAUGAUGAGUCAACCAGUGUCACAGGGUUUCUUGCUCGUGUGACUACCUAUUUGACAGCUCUCAAGAUUUCCAAUCCUGCAGAUGAUGCCCGAGUCAAGCAUUUUUUUGACUACCUAUCCCAGCAAAUGCAAAGUUGUGACAUUGUAUCUGAGUCCAACCAGAGUAAUCUAUUGAAACAAUAUGAAAACUUUGUUCUUGAGUUACAGCAGUCAUGUGGUGAACCCAUGAAACAAGAAAUUAUCCCUCCUAUCAAUGUUAAGGUUGACAGUAGAGACAACUCUCAGCAGGAUGCUACUACUUUUGAAGGGUUUGCUCAAAAUCUGAGUGACAGUGAGACGAGUCAGAAUGACCAGUUCCAAAAGGGACAAGCUGACCCCACCCAUGAAGAAGAAAUCACAGAUAUAAUGGGCAAUCUACCAGAUUUGAUCACUCAGUGCAUUCAGCUGGACAAAAACUACAAAGGCAGGCCAGAACUCCUACAGUCAGAAAGUCAGGUUCCAAUAUUUGCUUCCACAACCAAGCACCAAUCCUUCUUCAGCCCCAAAGGUCCACUACCCAAGGAUGAGCCCAAGCAAUUUCAGGGAGCCCAACCGCCUGUCACCCCAGCCAAGAGAGCCCGCCAGCAAGAAACUCAGUUAUGUCUCUACUGUAGCCAGGCUGGUCACUUUACAAGAGAAUGCCUUGCUAAACGUUCUCGAACUCCAGCUAGGAGAAAAAUGUAGCUCACUAGUAAGAGGAGAAUAGGAAACCACUUUGUAAACUCAUACCCCUUUCACCAUUGGCCUUAGUGAUUUAUAAACCUUCACAAACUUCAAAAUACAAAUGAGUUACUAUGGCAUCACCUUAAAAACAGGCAUGAACAUUUACAUCUCCAGAAAUUUAAACAACCAGAACUUGUUAGUUGGAAGGCAGCCCACCACCAAACUUGACCCAACAACAAUGGUGAAGAUAAUGAAUAGAAACUUUAUAGUUACAGCCAAUUCCUUCAAGAAUUCUGAAGGUUUGCAGAUAGAAGUCUCUCCAGCCUGAGACACACAUACACAAAAACAACUCUGACAAUGUGUUGACCUUCACAUUCCUACCAAUGGAUGAAAUCUUGGUUGACUCUGAUGGCCCAUGUCCCAUAGCUUGUGUGCCUAGGACUGGGCCCAAAGCUUUUAUCCUCUUCUUUACUGAUCUGUUUCUUAGUGACUCGUUUGUUCAGGUUCUUUGUUUGCAACCAUAGUGGCAUCAUCAUAUUCUACCAAUAUUUUUGUCAUUGAGAGACCAGAAUCUGGAUUCUGUUCUACCUAUUAAUCAGACUCUAGUGCUGAUACAAGCCAAUCUUCCUGGACCUGAAUAUCUACCACCCUUCCAUGCAGCUAUAUAUUUUGUUGCCAUCUAAAGACACCUGCUUAUCCAACAUGCUGAACUUCUUGGCUAUUGGCAAACCAGAUUGUAUAGUCAUUUGACUUGAACACUGUUUAUUUACUGGCACCUUUCUUAGAGGAUCAGCCUCUUCGGCAAUUAACAUACUUUAUGCCUGCCAACCCAAGCUUAGUCAUAUCUACACUAAUGUUUCUAUUUUAGGUUUGAACAUAUAUAUGGAUACAUCUAAUGGCUUAGGUUAAUAACCAAGAAAGUUAUUUAAGGACAUUUGUUUAUGGUGUACUAUUCAUAGUUACUUUACAGCAGCAUAUUCUUGCAACUUGAACAGAGACAAAUCUCCACUAAGAACUGACUUUCCAGCUUGCAGUAGCUGUGAUUCUCUAGGUCUCACCAUUUAAAAUCACUGCCAAUUGCUACCCAGCUAUAAUGGACCACCUUUGGGUGCCGUUGUCUAAUUGAAGACUUCAGAAAGCAAUGGGAUGGCAUAGAACUUUUGCAACCAACUCAUGUGAAAAAUCCUGUGCAUAUACAUUAUCACCAUCUGUGCACAAAACUCAAGAACUGGGGUGUUCUUUUGCUUGUCUUGUACUCUUGGCACAUAUCAGCUCUAUGUAUAAAUAGAUGAUGUAGAUGAUGCUUCUGCAAAAAUGGAAUGGAUGUGCUAGAAAGACACAGCUUCUUAGAAAUGUUAACAUCUAGUGUUGCUCAGUAUUUGCUGGUAAUUAUCAGUUCUUUGUUCCUUGCUUCUUGGUGCUGAUGUAUUUCCCCAUAAUGGAUCUCCUGAAGAUUAGUCAUUGCAUAUACCUUAGUUGCCAUCAAGGUCUCUCAGAACAUGAAGUGCCAUUGUACUUUGGUCUUGGUCCUGAAGAACUGUGCUUAGUUUUCUCUAUAGAAUCCCAGAUAGGGCCUUACUGCUCUCAUCUUGUAGCACCGAGAAAUAUCUCUUCAUCCAUCAGUGCCUCACUAGCCACUGUGCCAAUCUCUACUUGCAUUCACAAGCAGUUAGUUCUUUUGUCAGUAGCUUGCUGUAUAUCUACAUUAUUCCAUAAACUUCAGAAUAAGGAGAUCUGAAUGCACAUACUCUGAUUGUGUUAAGAAAUCCCCACUGCAGUCCUGAGAUUGUAUGACAAACUUUAUCAAGUAGAGCUGUUUGAAUGUUGAUUGAUUCUGGGAUUUCCAUAAAUAAUCCUCACCUAUCUCUUCUAAUUCUAUAAUAAAGGAAUAGUCCAAAUAA